AUGUCCCAACCGACAGGUAAAGGCGCACUUGGAGGACGUCAGGAUGAUGAGGAAGCACGCCCCGGAGGAAAGCAAGAACUGGAGACGCUGGCGAGUUUACCGCUUGAGGCCAGCGCAGCCUCGAGUCAAGGCCCGCACUCGGAGGAUGCCCCAUUGCACGGUGAAGUGCCAGCGGACGAAAACAGAAAGAUCCCUGAUGGCAGCCAUUCUAUCCUCAACGGUGUCCUCAACGGUGGCAGCGACGAUGAAAAGGAACGGCGCGCUCCCGGAGACCAGUGUGGCGGUUCACCCGCGGACGUAACGACGCCGUCGAAUCGCACUCGCCGUGCGCCGACGGCUUCCGAGGACUCUCCGGCCGCCGUCAGUCGCGCGAACGCUAGCGGUCCUCUUCCGAGCAGCGAAGUUCACGUCGAACCGCGGGCUCCGUGCUCGGGCGGCUCGAAAGAGCAGUCAGCCGAGGAAACGAGCGUGGCGCCACCCUCGAGAGAAGAUACCACGCCGUUCCAACGGGUCAGCCAGCGCAUUCCUGACGGGACGAGGCAGGCCACCGCCGACGCUCAUCAGCGGACGCCGUUUGCUUCGGGCGACGACGCGACGCGAGCGCUUCCCACAUCCAGCCUCGCAACGGCCUCCAUGUCUCCGGAACCGAACGAAGCGCCGCCGGAGAGCGCCGCCGAGUGCGAGUGGUGGUACACAGCGGCCGCCAGCGCCGCGUCGACGCCAGCGGUGUGGGCGCCGCAUGCUGCGCUCCAGACUCGCGAGGAAGGGUCCGGGGCUUCGCCGACCCCGGAUCGACACAAGACGUCGGCAGAGGCGUUUUCCGAAGAGCGUCUGACGUCGUCACUACAUCCGACGCCGCUCGCGCCCGCGCAGACUCCUGCGGUCCCCGCAGCUCAGGUCGCAGUCGGCUCGAGUCUGGCGACGAUGUACUCAGCCACGUCGCCUAGCAGUCGCCCCGAAAAAGGAUUCGGUGUCUCGAGUGCCACCGCACCAGUUCUUGGGACACAAGCGGAACUGUCAUCGUCCGCUGCCGGAAGCAAGGCGGACACGUCUAUCGUAAAUGAGAUUGGCUUUGAACAGCUUGUUGACUGA